CAUUGUGGUCACUUUAGUUGAUUUAUAAUGAUUGGAUUUGUUUUGUAUAGGAAACCACGCACACAAACGAACAACUCAUGCAUGUCUUCAAUAGACAAUCGAACCUACAAAUAUGGACUUGGACAGUCCUAUUAUUUCUCCUGCACUCACUUGAACGCAUAAUUGCUGUCCUGACCCGACACCCUGAAGUGAUUGCUAAUCCAUAUUAAACCAGUCAUAGUCGUCACUACGUGACCUGUGACCCUAAGGCUCAAAAUGUUGACAUGGUUGUGUGAUUAAAGAGUGAACAGAAAAAGCAUGAACUUUGGCACACGCACGCACACACUCACACUACUGGUUAGUUCAAAGUUCUUGUGGCGGUCAGUCACCUCCAGCUUGAGUUAACAUUUGGUGUCGGUUCCACUCUUAUUCACAGCGAAGAAAAACAGCUAAUUGCCAUGACGACUGAAUACCAUGACGACGUUGAAGAGGACACCAGUUCGUUCUGGACAAAAGACCCACCCCACGUCCCUCGCUCAGGUGCGUCCGCACUCAGGCGCCGAUGGUUUCCUGUUGUGACCGCAGUAGCCAUCUUGAUUCUGACUAUUGCACUGGGAGCCAGCUACUCUAGGUUGUCAAGUCGUUUGUGGUCAGUAGAGAACAACGUUUCCAACGUCAGCCAAUCACUACACAGCAUCCAGCAGCUGGUCCAAGAGGGUGAAAAAGGCGUGGAGCGACUGAAGUUUGCCGUGGAGAACAACAAAGAAGAAAUCCUUUCAGCCUCGGAGGCUUUGAAGCAGCUCGCCACUCUGGACACCAUCAGCAGGACUGUGACGUCACUCAGAUGCUCCUUUGAACGCAUGAUCAACAACAGUACAGGUACUACAAGGGCAGGUUGCUGUCCUCUUGGCUGGCAGACAUUGGAGUCCGCCUGUUACCACUUCAGUCACACGCCGCUAUCCUGGCAAGAAGCGAGAGACUGGUGCAACGGGCACGAGUCGCACUUGGCCAUCUUGCAGUCGGACUCCGAGUGGGACUUUGUCUACAAACACACGAUGGCCUUCUACUGGAUUGGACUGAGUGACGAGAGGACGGGAAAGUGGGAGUGGGUCAACCAUACGCCUUACGUCAUGAACCGCAGGCACUGGCGACCCGGUCAGCCUGACAGCUGGACCCAUCACGGCCUCGGACCCGGAGACGAGGACUGCGCUCACCUGCAUGUGGAUGGCCGGCUUAACGACCUACACUGCUCCACAAGGCUGAACUUCAUCUGUCAGAGACACAGCACUUGACCACGCCCUUUUAUGCAACCAUCUUUUUAUACCCCUGACCAGGGCACUUGACAAUACCCCUUUAAUCACUGUGUCUGUGACAAUCAUUGGUACUUUAACUUUAACAUCCAUACCUCCCUAACCUGCGCACUUGACCACAGCCCUUUACGCAUGUGCCCCCUUAAAUGAUCCUUAACAUGCGCACUUGACCAUGCCCCACAAUAAAAAGACAAACAAUA